AUGGUUGAAAAUCCGUUUAUUAACUUUUAAGAGCAAGAUAAAGAAGACAAUCACUCCGCGGCAGAGGAUUUAGAGAGCAGAAAAUCCUAUCAGGACCAAAGGAAUGUCUCUCAUGCCAGCCCUGUAAAUACCGACAGAGGCGAGGAAGGGCUCGCCAUGGAUGUCACCGGGACGCAGCUGCUGGAAAAGGACAUCGAGAACUUGGCCCGAGAUGAGUUACAAAAACUGGUCCUGGAGCAAAUGGAGCUGAGGAAAAAACUGGAGAGGGACUUCCAGAGCCUGAAAGAUAACUUCCAGGACCAGAUGAAACGGGAGCUGGCGUACCGGGAAGAGAUGGUGCAGCAGUUACAGAUCGUCCGAGACACGCUGUGCAACGAGCUGGACCAGGAGAGGAAAGCGCGCUACGCCAUCCAGCAGAAAUUAAAAGAGGCUCACGACGCGCUGCACCACUUCUCCUGCAAGAUGCUGACCCCGCGGCACUGCACCGGGAACUGCUCCUUCAAGCCGCCGCUGCUGCCCCAGUGAGCGCCCCCCCGGGCCCCGCACCCCCGAAGCCAUGCGGGAAGAGCCCACACAAGCCAUUCCCACGAGGAGACACUUGUACAUAGAG